CCUCACCUUCCUCUGACACUGGCUCUGACUCCACCUUUGGGUUUAAUGAACAUUUAAAAAGAAGCUGGGAAGUUGCUGCAGUUGUUGUGAUGUUGUGUUUGGACCGAAGUCACCAGCAGCAGCCGAGGUGAUGCGCACGCGCGGCUCAGAGCUCCGGUGCACGGAGCGCAGUGAGCGGCUCACAGUGACCGGACACCGGAGCCGCUGCCGCCGCCUCAGUCCGCCCCGCGAGCCGCUGACCGGAGAACAACCGGGUCCAGGACGGAAGUAACUUUCUGCGCGAGGACACGACCGCCCGGAGAACGAGCACCACCGGGAGGAGGAGGAGCCGCGGAGCCCCCCCGCUGCGCGAACCGCCGUCGGUGAAGUGAGACCGACCAAGAGGCCUCGUCAGGAGACGUCCGACUGCAUGAAGAGGCCGAGUGACGGGACCCUGGUCCUCACCUAGACCCCCCCCCACCCCCCCACCCCACUGCCUGGACAUGAGGUCGUUCCGAUCGUUUGCAAACGACGACCGCCAUGUCAUGGCCAAGCACGCCAGCAUCUACCCGGGGCCCGAGGAGCUGGAGGCCGUGCAGACGCUGGUGUCCACCGUGGAGGGAGCCCUCAAGAAAGUCUCAGAUUGGAUGGACGGCCUCAGCAAAUCCUCUGAGAAGACGUCCACUGAGAACGAGGCAGCGGACGAGGAAGUGGAGGACGAUGCUGCUGAGUCAAAGCUGCAGGCCAGGUCAGUGCUGUGCGGGGUGACUCGUGUCGGCCUGGUGGCGAAGGGCCUGCUGAUCAAGGGAGACCUGGAGCUGGAGCUGGUGCUGAUGUGCCGAGAGAAACCCACCAAGCUGCUGCUGUACACCAUCAGCGCCAACCUCCCCCUGCAGAUCCAGACGAUGACGGAGGAGAAGUACGAGGUGCGGUCGAGUGUCCCUGAAGCAGCCAUCCAGGUCUGCAGCUCCAAAACCCCUCAACUCACUCUGAAGAUCUCCCUGUCCUCGUUAGCCAUGAGGGACGAGCGGCACAGCAGCACUGACGAAGAGAAGGGCGAUCAAGACAUCCACAAGGACGAGGAGGAGGAGGAGGAGGACGAUGUCCUGGACAGGCACCAGUGCCGGGCAGCACUGGCGUUGCUCCGACAUGCCAAAUGGUUCCAGGCGCGUGUCACAGACCUCAAGUCCUGCGUCAUCAUCUUGAGGAUCCUCAGAGACAUGUGCAACACACUGCCAGCGUGGCAGCCCCUCAAAGGACGGCCUCUGGAGCUGCUCUGUGAAAAGGCCUUGGCCACCUGCAACCGGCCGCUGGGUCCAGCUGAGGCCCUGCGUCGCGUCAUGGAGUGCGUCGCCUCAGGGAUCCUCCUGCCAGGAGGACCUGGAGUUCAUGACCCCUGUGAACGGGGACCUGCCGACAUCCUGUCUGACCUCAGCGCCCAGCAGGCGGACGCCAUCACACACAGCGCACAGCAUGCGUUACGCCUCCUCGCCUUCGGACAGCUUUACAAGGUCUUGAAUAUGGAUCCUCUCCCUGCGAGCAAACCCUCCCCAAGACUGUUUGAAGGCGGUUGUCAGAAGAGGCUCCGGGAGGAAGUCGGGUCGGACGACAGAGACUUCAUCAAACGGAUGAAAGUGCUGGACUGGAGGAUGACUGACCCGAACCACCCCAUGAACGCCCUGAUGCGUCUGAACCAGAUCCACCCGAGUCUCCAGUACCGCCUGCUGUCCCAGUCCGGCCCGGUCCACGCUCCGGUCUUCACCAUGUCCGUGGAGAUCCAGGGAACCACCUACCAGGCCACGGGGAACUCCAAGAGAACCGCCAAGCUCCAAGUCGCCCUCAAGGCGCUGCAGGCUCUGGGCUUCGUUCUGCCCGGCGACACAGACGUGGACUCGCUGAGUGCCGACGAGAAGUCAGAUGGUGAAGGGAAGAACGACAGGAUGUCCAGCAGCUCCAGCUCCACCUCCAUCACCUCCUCCACAGACACACAGGAGUCCAGAGCUCCAGGUCCGAUUCUGACGGCCGGAGGUAAGAACCCGGUGAUGGAGCUGAACGAGAAACGCCGCGGCCUCAAGUACGAGCUGAUCUCAGAGAGCGGCAGCAGCUACGACAAGCGCUUCAUCAUAGAGGUGGAAGUGGACAAGCAGGUUUUUCGGGGAACAGGUCCCAAUAAGAAAGUAGCCAAGGCGGGCGCAGCGCUAGCCGCCCUGAAGAGCCUGUUCUCCGGCUCCAGCUCCACCAGUAGCAAGAAGAGACGGCCCAAUCCUCCGCCAAAGCGGCCGAUGGCCUCGGUGCUGACCCUCCCGGCCCUCGCUGCCAGACCUCACCGCCUCCCCGUCAUCCCCCGAGCUCCCUACAUCAGCACCCCCCCCACCCACGGCUACAUCCCCCCAGGGUUCGGUGCUCCCUUCGGUUACAGCCCUGCAGGGCCCCUCCCUGCCUACGGUUUUCCCUCCAGAAUGUCCCCAGUAGUUCUCCCAGUCAUCAGAGUCCCCCCAUCUUACCCCGUCACCCACCUCUACCCAUAUUAAGACUCAUCUCACAGGAAAUCACUGUUUUUCCAGACUUCUGACCAGUUUCUCCAUCAGCACCAGUUCCUGCUCCAGCUUCAUUACAUUGAAUCUGCUCAUUAGAAAGUUGUGCUCUGAUAAAUCAGCUCUGAGAUCAUCAAACCAUUAAAACCAUCUGAUAAAACAGUUUACUUCAUAAACAUGUCAAGUAUUAAACACAGGAAAACUUCUGCUACAUGACGUAAAAUAAUCAUUUAUCUACAAUAACCUGUAACAGACGAUUUAAACAAAAUUAAAAUCAAACUAAUUCUGUUGACCGACCAAUGGUUUAAUAUCUGAAUUAUCAAUUCAGAUUUUGUGUUAUCCUGCGAACAAACAAACAAACAAACAAACAAACAGUGUUUCUCAAUAACCAUCUUCUAAAUCGUCCACAGUUUCAUAAUGAACCAGAAAAUGUUUUUUACAGUUCUCAUAAUAUCACAAGAUAUUAAAUUCUCUACCUUGGUGUUUUGCUCCAUUGCUGCUUUGUAUAACUUUGUGCAGAACCAUUUGUGGCACAAUUUUCUGCUUGUUUGCGUUAUCUUCCAUAAAGUUGUUGCCGUCCUCGCAGACACUCAGACCUCAUAGUUUCAGCUGCAGACCUAGUCUCUGUACCUCAAUAAAACAGAAACUGUUUCAGGUUAAAUAGAGAAAUAAGUAAAUAUCUAAUGUAGAUAUAUUUCAUUCAUGAAUAUCCAAUGUAAGAAACAGCCACAGAUGAAUAAACAUGGGAUGGAUCAGAGAAGUUUAACUGGUGGAUGUGAACCUUGUGUUUUCUUGAGAGAAACAGGUUCACGUCCCUCUGAUGCACCGACACACGUUUUCUUUCAGUUUGGAUAUUUGAUGUUUACACUUUCUCUUCAGUUUGAGCCAUUUUGUGUUGAGUUAUUAUAAAAACUCUCUUUUCAGGGAGGUUCUUACUUUGACCGGUUUGUAGAUAAUAUUCUUUUAAAAUAAAUGAAUAUU